AGAGAGGACGGAAAGAGAGAUAAAGUUAAAGAAAUUAAAUACCACGAAGAAACUCUCUCUCUUCCUCCUGUCUUGUUUCUCUCUCCUUCAAAGUUCAAACCUUUAAAACUCCUCUGCAGUUUCCCCUCCCUCCCGUUCUUCUUCUUUACAGUUUGUCGUAGAAAUGGAGGUAGCAGUGGCCAAAGCGUUGAAACCGAGUUUAAGGCGGGAGUUCAUCGUCCAGCAAACGCACUGCGAGGAUUUUUUUUCCCUCAACGCCAACACCGUUGCCGGAGGCGACGAUUUCUCCGUCGACGACCUAUUUGACUUUUCAGACGGCUCUCUUCACUACGAACCACAAGAAUACGUGGAAGAAAAAAAAAGUUUAUCGGCCUCGUCGCAGUCAAAGGACCGUGGAGAAGACGAUAGCAACUCUAAUUCCACCGGAGUUUCCUACGAUUCAAUUUUCUCCGCCGAACUAGCCGUUCCGGCCGGUGAUUUGGAGGACCUAGAGUGGGUUUCACACUUUGUUGACGAUUCUCUCCCGGAGCUGUCUCUUUUAUACCCGGUUCGUCCGGAGGAAGUGAACCGGCGGGUCGAACCGGAACCCUCAGCGAAGAAAACGCCUCGUUUUCCGUGUGAAACGAAGAUAACAACCAAGACAAGAACUGUACGGAAUAGAAAACCAAACGCUCGCGUGUGGUCGUUGGGCCCGUUGCUCUCUCUCCCGUCCUCGCCGUCUUCGUGCUCGUCUUCCUCGACGGAGCCGCCCGCGAAGAAACAGAAAAAGCGGGCCGAGGCCCAGCCCGUUGGGGUCCAGGUUCAGCGGCGGUGCAGUCACUGUCAAGUGCAGAAGACACCGCAGUGGAGGACGGGCCCACUGGGCGCAAAAACCCUCUGCAACGCGUGCGGGGUCCGGUACAAAUCGGGUCGGCUUUUUUCGGAGUACAGACCGGCCUGUAGCCCAACCUUCUGCAGCGAUAUUCACUCCAACAGCCACCGGAAAGUGUUGGAGAUUCGCAAGAAGAAAGGGGUUUCUGGGCCGGAGGCCCAUCCCCAGGCCCAAAUGGUUCCCACCUGCUGAUAUUCUUAGAUUAGGAAGAGUCGUGGCAGAUUAGGUAUACAGAAACCGGUUUGAACCGGUUUGUUUUUUGUAUUAUAUUUAUUUAGCGUUUUUUUAGUUAUAGUUAGUAGUAGGGCGUAGUUAGGUGAGGGAUAUAUUAGUAUGAGAAAUAGAAAUUAGGCAUUGAUUGUUUGUAACGAUGUAUCCCAUUUUCCUUAGCAUCUUUUGAUUUUAUUUAUGUUCAUUGUGAAGAUAAACAAAAACAAA